AUUCUUUAUAUCAGCACGCCAUAUUAAUCUUUCAUACAUUUGUCUUAUCAAUUCUCCUUUUUUAUUUGCUUCCUUGACUGUCUUCUUUUGGAUGCUUUUCAAUCAUUUUUUCUUUUUUAUUAUUGCAAAAUAAAGUCGUCUCUUUUGUUCCAAAUAUCAUCUUCCAGAAUCAAAAUGGUUGCAGAAGAGCAAUUCGACCUCUUCUCCUCGCUCCGGUACGACCCGGCUCUUCUUCAUUGCGAGGCCAAUUCACAAUUAUAUGGCCUAACUUUCCCCAAUGCAUUUUAUAUGCUGCCAUAUCACCGAGAUCGGAUGCUUUCUGCGGCAACGCACUUUGGCUGGCCGCAGGCUAUCAAAACGCUUGAUGCAGAGAAGGGAUUGACUUCCCUCUACGAGGUCUUGUCCGCACAAGUCAACGAGUAUUACUCUGGAAAAAGCAUUCAUGAAAAUGAGAGAACACCGCUAAAGGUCCGCGUAUUGCUCGCCGAAACUGGGAAGCUCACAGUUGAACUGAGCCCGACACCAGCAGUAACACUGCAGGACUUGUACCCGAAAGAUCUCAAACUACACGACACCUUUGUAGGAUCCUCCAAGACCGGCGGAGCCCUACAAGUCGGAAGUGGGACCAGCGCUAUCAGCGGCCUGCAACCAUGGGAUAUAAUAAUUGAUUCUCAACGCACUGAUCCUACGCCUUUUACUAGUUUCAAGACGACAGCGCGAGCCAUGUACUCUGGCGCACGUGAGCGAGCGGGAAUCAAAUCAUUCCAGGACAAAGCAGAGGUCGUGCUGAUCAACCCCAAUGGUGAGGCAAUGGAGGGAAGUUUGACUAGCGUUUUUUUUUACCGGGGAGGUAGAUGGGUCACGCCGCCUGUGGAAUCGGGCGGGCAGGUCGGUACCACUAGGAGAUGGUUGCUGGAACAGAGACAAUGCGAGGAGGAAGUGGUUGAUAUAAAGAGUAUAAAGGAGGGAGAGGAAUGCUAUAUCAGCAACGGGGUCAGAGGAUUGACUUGGGGAAGAAUAAAGGCUACAGCGGCAUGAAGUAUUUGCACGUGCCCAGAUGAAAUCUUUACAGCUAGACCUGCAUGAGCGAUGGAUAUUCCAAUAAAGCAU